AUGGAUCCAACUGCUGCAAUCUUGAGAACUGAUCCCACACCCAUGAAUGGAACUGGAGAAGAUCUCUCUUCAUCCUACAUAGUGAUCCUGAUUCUGAGCAUUUUUACCAUCGUAAUUGCCCUGGUUGGUCUGGCAGGAAACUCCGUGGUACUCUGGCUCCUGGCCUUCCACGUGCAGAAGAAAACACCUUUCCACAUCUAUCUCUUCAACCUGGCUGGCGCUGAUUUCUUCUCCCUUUGCUUCAGUAUUAUAUUUUCCCUGGAAAUCUUCUCUACCCUUUUCAUCUUCAGGUAUUUUGAAUUCCUGUUGAACUUCACGUACAUUACAGAACUGAGCAUUCUCAGUGCCAUCAGCACGGAGCGGUAUCUCUCCGUGCAAUUUCCCAUCUGGUACCACUGCCGCCGCCCAAGAAGCAUGUCGGCUGUCAUCUGUGCCCUGCUCUGGGCCCUCUCGCUGUUGCUGAGUCUACUGGAAGGGAACUUCUGUGGCCUCUUCAGCAAAAAUUAUGAGAAUUUUCGGUAUUAUUCAUGUCGAGUCAUUGAUUUCAUCUCAGUCUCGUGGCUGAUUUUCUCAUUUUUGCUUCUGUCCGGGUCCAGUCUGGCCCUUCUGGUCAGAUUGUUCAGUGGUUCCCAGCAGAUGAAGCUGACCAGGCUGUACAUGACCAUCGGACUCACAGUGCUGGUCUUCCUCCUCUGUGGCCUGCCCUUUGGUAUGCAAUGUUUCCUCUUAGCCUGGAUCCAGAAGGAUUUCUUUGAGUUGCCUGAUUAUACUUUUUGGGUUGUCACUUUCCUGUCCAGUGUCAACAGCUCUGCCAACCCUUUUGUUUAUUUCUUCGUUGGUUCCUUUCGACAGAAGCGGCGGCAGACCCUCAAGCUGGUUCUGCAGAGGGCUCUGGAGGACAAUCAGGAGGGGGAGAGUGAAGGCAGCUCUCCUCAGGAGACCAUGCAGAUGGAGGGCAGCCGGGUGUGCUGA